ACGCCGAAUUAUCAUUCUGAGUUUUGAGGAAAAAGAACUCAAAAGAUUUUCUUUUCGUUUUUCUUUUCUCUUCUUUAUAAAAUAGUUUCUUAAUCGAAAGAUUCUCAUGAAUCUUCAUUUUAAAUUUAGUAUACAUUGAACGUACGCUUUAUGCGUAAUUUUAGUGAAUUGUCUUUACAAAAAACUUGUGUUCAUUAUGUAUAAUUUUCAACGCAUAGUAACACAUUCUCGGUGUUUUUUCUCCUCUAAACCACAAUUUAUCAAGCCAGUAUUGAGUGUACAAUUUAUUAAAGAUGCAAGCAUAAAUUCAAGAUUGUUUCAUAGAAGUUGUAUAGCUUAUCAGAAAGUUGAAAAAUCUAAAGAAUCUGGUUCCAGUCAAAACUCUGGUAAUGAUAGUUCAAAAACAAAAUAUUUUCUAAUUUCUGCUGGUUCGUUAUUGGUUGCUGGAUCCUUGUACACUAUCUUAUACACCGAUAUUUUUUCAAAAAGUGGAGAGAAGAAAUCUGAUUCUAAAAAGAAAAUUGUGAAAAUUCCAUCAGAUUCGAAUAACAUUCCUAAGAGAAUACCUUACCUAUUGAUAGGCGGUGGCACUGCUUCAUUUUCUGCUUUUCGAGCAAUCAAGUCCAAUGAUCCGACUGCUAAGGUUCUUGUGAUCUCUAAUGAACUUUAUUAUCCGUAUAUGAGAACACCUUUGUCGAAAGAGAUCUGGUUUCAAGAUGAUAAAGAUGAUGUUUUAGAAAAAUUGAAUUUCAAGCAGUGGUAUGGAGCUGAAAGAAGUUUGUUUUAUGAGCCGGCAGAUUUCUACAUCAGCUGUGAGAAAAUAACGGAUGAUCCUAAAGGUGGUAUAGCUGUCGCUCGGGGAUGGUCCGUUACCAAAUUAGAUCCUGGUAGUAAAAAAGCGUACUUAGACGAUGGAUCCGUCAUCGAGUACGAGAAAUGUUUAUUAGCCACUGGAGUGCGGCCGAAAAACACACCAGCUUUUGAAAAUGCUAAAGAUAUCGAAGAUAAAGUAACAUUAUUCCGCACUGUAGAUGAUUUUAAAAAAUUGUACAAAAUUGUUACCAGUGGUCCCAAAACUAUUGCUAUCAUCGGUGGAAGUUUCUUGGGAACAGAACUAGCUUGUGCUCUGUCUAAAGAUGGCACCUCUGGUAUUAAAAUUAUUCAAGUGUAUCCUGAGAAAGGAAAUCUGGCCAAAGUACUGCCAGCCUAUUUAAGUUCCUGGACGACAGAAAAAAUUCGUGAACAAAAAAUUGAUGUUAUCAACAACGCUGACGUAAGCGAAGCCACGCUUUCACCGAAUAAGAAACAAGUGAAAAUGAAGCUUACUGAUGGCCGAGAGAUCGUCGCAGAUCACGUCGUCGUUGCUGCUGGUUCUGAAGUGAAUACGGAAUUAGCCCAAUCGUCUGGAUUGGAAAUCGAUCCUGAAUUAGGCGGUAUUUUAGUCAAUAGUGAACUUUGUGCUCGAUCUAAUGUCUAUGCAGCUGGUGAUUGCGCCUGCUUUUAUGAUGUUCAACUGGGUAGAAGACGAGUAGAGCACCACGACCACGCAAUAGUUUCAGGACGUUUGGCUGGGGAAAACAUGGUCGGAGCAGGAAAAAUUUACUCCCACCAAUCUAUGUUCUGGUCUGAUUUGGGUCCUAAAAUAACAUUUGAAGCAAUCGGUAUCAUUGAUUCUACCCUUCCUACUGUUGCUAUUUAUGCGAAAAGUAAAGAAGAUGAAUCUAAUAAAGAUGCCCAAGAAAAGGACGAGAAAGAUAAAAAACCAGAAAACCCCAAGAAUAUUACUACUACUCUUCCUAGAGAAGGAGAAGAUUACAGUAAAGGUGUAAUCUUUUAUUUAAAGAAUGAUUUAAUCGUUGGGAUUGUUUUGUGGAACAUUUUCAAUGGCAUGCCUAUCGCUCGACAAGUUCUCAAGGAAAGGAAAAAAUUCGAAGAUUUGAACGAAGUUGCGAAAUUAUUCAACAUUCAUUCGAUGGAUAAGAACGAUUCGUAAUGAGCUUAAUAUUUUAUUUAGGACGGUACUUUUCGCAUUGAAAAAGUUGUACAGUGAAUAGAUUUGUGUAUUUUUGAUUAUAACUGCAAUCUUUCAUGUAGUUACAAAUUUGUUAGCUUCUGCGAGGAAAUUUUAAAUUUUUAAGAUGUGUAGUUAUGUACAUAAAACUCCACCUAAGUAUUUGUUAAUAAUCGUACCAGUUUUCCAAGAACUGUUUAUUUAAGUAAUAUCGUGAAUGUAUGCUGCAAAUAUAUUCUGUUAUUGCUGAA